AUGACUGCACUAAGAACUCGCCGGGGCCGAGCUCGUCGGAGGUCAAGUCCCGAGUCCGACUCGGAGUCGGAUUACAUGUUGAACAGAAGAGGAAGCGAUACUACUUUUUAUGAACGCGGUUGCUCCUUCUUUCUUUUGAUUUUCCCUCGCACCUUCUGUACCACGGUUCGUCCUCCAGUAGGCGAUCCCCCGCGUCCCUCCUUGGCCUCGUCGCCACUACUACCGUCGGGAACGUUGGCCUGACGAACGCUCUCGCUAUUGGAAGGUCAGUCCCACACCACUAUCCCGGCUGUCAACUUGCGCUCUUCUCAUACCAAUCUCUCUGCAUACCCCCUCAGACCUAUUCCCACCGAAGCGAGCAUUCCCAAGAAUUCGACCAAUCCUUUCCCUCACGUUUACGGCAGUCAGGGAUGUCCUCCCUACGUCCGAGGCCCUCACCGAGUCAGCCAAAAAUGCGCGUACGUUCCGGUGUCAACUUUCAGCUAAAAAACCCCGUCUCUGAUGGUCUCCACCCCUCUGAAGUCAAUGCGUGAUCGAUUGCUACGACCUACGAAACCCGUACGUCCUUUAUUGGAAGCUCCGGGAACGAUUGCGACCCUCCUCAUGUAGAGUCAAUCAAAGACCGCUCCGCCCGGCAUCCCAUCGCUUACACCUUCUUCCCUUACACUUCUUUCAGUUACCGCUCUUGCCGCGCCUGCUAUCAGAAGCACCAGUGCCGUCGUUCGGAAAUCACGCAUGAUGGGCACCAUGGGCCCAAGGGUCCUGUCGGAAUUGGCGAGAUGCCGGGCCGGAAGGACCCGCCUUGA